AUGUCGUGGCAAGCAUACAUCGACUCAAGCCUUGUCGGUUCCGGUCAUAUUGACAAGGGCGCCAUCAUCAGUGCUGCGGGCGACAGCGCUUGGGCUUCUUCUCCUGACCUCCAGCUCAAGCCCGAGGAGAUGAAGGCCAUAUCUGCCAUCGUUGGCGGUGACUCGGCUGCCAAGGACAAGGCUUUCGCUGAGGGUCUCUACAUUGCUGGCGAGCGUUACGUUAUGGCCCGAGCCGAGGACCGGAGUAUCUACGCCCGAUCGGGCCGCCUCGGUGUUGCUGUUGCGAAGACUGGCCAGGCCAUCGUCAUCGGCCACCAUGGUGAGGCCCAGGUCGCUGGCAACGCCACCUCUACCGUCGAAGGUCUUGCCGACUACCUCGUCAAGUCAGGAUAUUAG